GUAAAUAUCUCCCGUGCACUUCGCAAGGUUUAAUUUUAGAGUCCACAUGAGGCAUAAGCAGAGCAACUCCAGCCGAAGUCAGAAGCUUGCCAGUUUGCUCUGUGUCAGUAUUCUGACAAACAUUUAGCGUCGGAGAUGUCGAACAGAGAUACCGAAGACCUGAAUGAGGAGGACAUUGAUGAGGAUGAGCUCCUCGCUACGCUUUCGCCUGAGGAGCUUAAGGAGCUCCAGAGUGAAAUGGAUAUUAUAAUUGCUCCAGAUGAUAGCGUUCCAGUUGGACAGAGGCAGAAGGACCAGACAGAGAAGUCACCGACUGGAAGCUUUGACCACAGAUCCUUGGUCGGCUACCUCUACUGGGAAAAGGAAUCCAAACGCAUGCUUGAGGAAGAAAGAGUGCCUGCUACUCUGCUACCCAGUGAGAAAACACUGAGCAAGGAGGCUGAAGAGAAAGAAAAAGUCGACACGGUGGAAGAUGGGCACGAUGAAAUUUGUGAAAGAAAACAAGAAGUCAUUGAGAAAAAGGCUAAAGAUGAUACUGGAGACGGGAAAAUAUCUGAAGAAAAGAUAGAGGAGACCGUUAAGGAAGUUGUCAACAACGUGAACGAGAGCAAUGAAGUGGACAAAGCGCUCCCUGAGAAAGAGAUGAAUACAAAUCAGUGUGAAGAAAGUGAGACAAAAUCUGACGGCACAGAAAAGGAAACGGUAAGCCAUGAGAACGGAACGACACAAUUUAAAGAGGAAAGUAAAACGACAGACGCUUUGCCUCCUCCGGACUCACUGGGGGAUGCAAAGACAAGUGAGCCCAACGACAAAGUCCAGCAAAAAGAGGAGCCAAAGAUCAAUAAAUUAAAAAUCCCCAAGCUGGCACUGAACAACAUCAAAAUGACAUCUCGACCAUCGGGAAAUGAGACAAACUUAGAGUCGACGCUGGACAAGAUCCGAAACAACAAUUCUUCUGUCACCGAGGUGAAUCUCAACAACAUCGAAAACAUUCCCAAAGAGAUGCUCCUGGACUACGUCAACGUCUUGAAGAAGAACAAACACGUGAAAACCUUCAGCAUCGCAAACACCGGCGUGGAUGAAAACAUCGCCUUCAACCUGGCCAACAUGUUACGCGAGAAUCGCAGCAUCACCACGCUCAACAUCGAGUCCAACUUCAUCACCGGAAAGGGAAUCGUCGCCAUCAUUCGAUGCCUGCAAUUCAACGAGACCCUCACCGAGCUGCGCUUUCACAAUCAAAGACACAUGCUGGGUCAUCAUGCCGAGAUGGAGAUUUCACGGCUGCUCAAGGCCAACAGCACCUUGCUGAAGAUGGGCUACCAUUUUGAACAGCCGGGGCCGAGGAUGGUGGUGACUAAUCUCUUAACCCGGAACCUGGACCGCCAGAGGCAGCUGAGAAAGGAAGAGCAGAAGCAGCAGCAGCUGAAGGAGCAGAAGGAGGUCAUGCAGAUGUACGAGAGCAGUCUCAACCUGCCUCCGGGUUUACUUGAGAUGCUGGGCUACAUACCGCCCCUCGAACUCCUGCAGAAACACGGGCUUGUUGCGGCUCCAAAAGAACUGAAUAACGUGCCGCCAAAAGCAGAAGCAAAGGAAAUCAAAGAGGAACCAGAGCCACCAAAGCAGAUAAAACACAAGAAAAUUCCCAAGCAACCAAGCGCUGAGACCCAAAAUUCAUUGAGAGAAGUCCGGCUGAAGAAAACGCCAAAGAAACGUGACCAUUUUCAGGAGUUGGAUCGCAGAGAGGCCAGUCGACAAGAGAGAGCAAAUUUCCAACUGAGGAAGACUCCCAAAGUGAAGGAGUCAGUCACAGAAGGGCCGGUGGAAGAAAAAGCAAACCUGAAGGACGUCAUUAAGACUUUGAAGCCGAUCCCUCGCAGGCGAAUGCCACCCAAGGUUGAUCCCACACCCCGCGACGAGCUCCUAAAUGAGAUCAAGAAGAGUAACGUGGCCUACCUUAAAGCUGUGCCGCUCCCCAAAGCCUUGGAAUCAAGUGAAACAAGUCUCAUCUGAGGCAGUGCCUUACCGUAAUCUGUGUUUGACACCGAUUGUAUUUUGGAAAUGAACUGUGCGGUGACAAAGAACAAUUUGUUCACAGUGACUGGUUGCUGUUUCACCAUGAGUCACAAAAGCAAAGAUGUGGGACUGUACAGUUGAAAUUAGAAGUACAUUAAAAUUAUGGAGUCAUUUGAUGAUGAUUAAUGAUUAUUUAGGACAAAUCACUGUUGUUUCACAAAAGAACUUUGAUUUGAAAUGUCAACCUUCUGGUUUUACAAAAAUACAAAUCGAAAACAAAACAAGAAUGAUAAUUGUAGUUAAUCACAAUUUUUAGAGCAAGAGGAACAAUUUGGAUGUAAUUCCGAUGGGGAGAAAAUAGAUUGCAAUUUUUAAAACUGCUUCAGAUUGAAUAUGGUGUUUUGUCAACAGUUGAAUGAAAGUGGAUUAAAUUUGCGAGAGGAGCAGAUUAUAAAACCUGAAGAAGGUAAAACAUCCUAGAAUGUGUCUAUACAAAGAGGAAGCCACAGCGGAGAUGGUCAAUUGGUCACUUUCUAAUUCCAUCUAUUAAAAGGUUGUUUGGCGAUGACAUCAUUUCUAAAAAAAAGACAUUUGGCAUGACAAGGCUCCAACAAAGUUGACCUGGGACAAGCAAAGAAAGCAAGAUUGAUGAAUGAUACCGUGCCACUGAUUAAGUUCAUGCCAGUUAGUUUUUUUGUGAUUAUUAUUUUAAAAUUUUGAAUUUUAAAUUUUAGAAAAAAUGUGUCUAAGUAAAACGAUUCUUGUUUUAUUUUUUCCUCCUUUAAAGCCAGCAGGGUGGCCAUUAUCUAUAGAAAUUGUUUCGUGGAACCUGUAGAACGCAAUUUUCCUUUUUUUGAAUCAUCGUUCAGGAGCAAUGAUUCCAUAAUUUCUGACCAGCGUAAAAAGACACUAACUUUAUCUUCUCACUGUAUGACAUUAGUAAAAUAAAAUCUAAUCAAGAUCAA